CAAUAUGGGCCUUGAGGCCUAUGUUAAGCUGGCCCAUUUACCUUAAGCCCAAUUUAAUUUCUAUAUUUCCGAAGAAAAGAUAGAAAAAAACGCAACGACUCAGCGAAGUACGAGUAUGAGCCGCAAGAGAGAUAAACCCUACACAUAUCGUCACACACCGGCGCGUAUUUCGAAACGCCGGCGACCAUGGGCGCCUCCGUCAUUUGAACACGAUGAAAUCAUCGACAAACCGAUCACCAAACCUCCGCCGCCACCGGCGCUGGUAGUUACAGGGCUCCCCGCCAACUGUUCAGUCCUGGAGCUAAAAUCUCGAUUCGAGAUCUACGGUUCAAUCUCCAGAAUCCGAAUCGAUAAAGACGGAUUUGGCUCCGUUUCGUAUCGAACCGCCGAGUCAGCAGAAGCUGCGAUUGCUGGUAGUCACGAGCCUUCUUUCGGUAUCUCCAUCGAUUCCAAAAAGUUGGAGGUGGUUUGGGCGACGGAUCCGUUGGUGAAAUGUAGGGAAGGUGUGACGGUUGGAGAAGGAAAGGAUAAGACGUUGUCGUCUUCGUCGAAGCUGUUACGACCUGUGAUGCCUUUGAGAAAACAUGGGAGAAGUAGUAGAUUAGCAUCAGCUAUUGUUAAUCCGAGAAGUGAUAAUACUAACGAAAUUAGUGGAGGUGGCGGAGUUUUGACUCCGGCGACGAUAAGGGAACUUAAACAGAGAGAUAUAGUAACCUACGACGAUAUCCUUUAACAUCAUCUAGUACAAUUAUAGUAACUUUUUUUGUGUUUCCGCUAAAACUUUGAUUCUUUUACAUUUUACGGUUUCUCAAUUUUAGUGGGUGUUAAUUUCACCUUUUACCAAAAAAUAAAAUUUUAGUGGGUGUAAAAUAAAAAAAAAAAAUUAGUGGGUGUAAGUUUGGUUCUUUCUCUUUUCAGAAAUUGGACAAAUUCUGUAUUUUUAAGCGUGUAAUUCUAAACAAAUAUUGUGAAUCCGAGUUGAGUUUCGUUUA